AACGUCUUGGAAUAGUCAAAGUCCAGACCUCAAUCCAAUUGAGAAUCUGUGGUACGACUUAAAGAUUGCUGUAUACCAGUGGAACCCUGUCGAAAAGGAUGAAAUACAUAAACUGGGGCUUAAAUGCAAAAAAUAAAAAAAGAUUCAUGGUGAAAAGAUGAAAACAAAACGUUUCCGCAUCAAGCCAUCAGUGUAAGUCAUAGGUGUCAAACUCAUUCCAUGGAGGGCCUAGUGCCCUCAAAUUCAACUCUGGACCUCAAACAGUUCCACUGCAUUUUUUAAUUGAUCCCCUCUAAUCAGAGACUGAUUUAGACCUGGGACACCAGGUGUGUGCAAUUCAUUAUCAGGUUGAACAGAAACCCUGCAGGUUCCAGACCUCGUAGGGUAAGAUCUGAGUACCUCUGGCCUAGUGUAUGCUAGUUUUUGUUUUUUCCUUUCAAUUAGGAGUGGGGAGUUCCUUACUAAUUAGUGACCUUAAUUAGUCAAUCAAGUACAAGGGACAAGCGAAAACCCCCAAUCACUCGGCCCUGCUUUGAAUGAGUUUGACUCACGGCGUAAAUGAUCGGUGCACACACACCUCUGGCUUCGAUUUCAAGGAUAAUUGCGUACGUCACAUGAUCAAGAAAUAAAAUACAUCAAAUCUAUGAAUCAGUACCUUAUACAAUAGAAUGCAUGAACUACUACAUUGUGUACAUCAGCAGACCGAGAAAUAUAAUCAAUUAUUGCAUUUAGAAAUACCAUGUGAACAUUUCCUCAGAAUAAAUAGCACAGGAUUGUAGAGAAACAGAAUGUAGAGUAGGGAGCUUGAGAGAUUGAAAGAAAACACUAGAUGGGGGGUAUCAAGCACCAGUAAAACUUCAAUAACAAUUCUUCAUUUAUGCCUGAUAGGUGGAGAGUUUUUGGAUAGAACAUCCACCUGUAUUCUGUCUGGAGAACACUCAGUUCAAGAUUACCACCCCUAUGUGAACAUUUUAUCUACCAGCCUUCCCUGUGGCUCAGUUGGUAGAGCAUGGUGUUUGUAAUGCCAGCAUGGUGUGUGCAACGCCAAGGUUGUGGGUUCGAUUCCCACGGGGGGCCAGUACAAAAAAAAUGCAUGAAAUGUAUGUAUUCACUACUGUAAGUCGCUCUGGAUAAGAGCGUCUGCUAAAUGACUAAACUGUAACUGUAAACUGUUAUCUUCUGUACAGAAGGACAUGGAGGAGAUUGGGUGACCGACCUUUGAGAAAUGACGUGCUAUUGGGGAUUUAGGGUCAUUUCUCCUUACAGCACUCCUGUGUUCUUACCUGUUUACUGGUUUUGCCCAUGUAUUGGUUAUUGCAUGGACAAGAGAUAAGGUAUAUGACCUUAGAAGAGCUGCAUGUGAGGAACUGUUUCAUAGUGUAUUGUUUACCAAUGGCAGAGCUAUUGAAUUCGCUCACUUUAAUACAGGAGUCCCUAUAUGCCGCACACCUACAGCAGGGUAAGAAACAGUUAACCUUGUUCAGUCGUCCGUUAUAAUUUUUUAUUUUUGGGGGGAGGGGCCUAAGUGUCAGCUCGAACAAUGAAGUCCCUGAUAUUCCCUGCCCUGCAGUGGGAAGAGAGGAGGGUCAGAGAGAAUCUUCAGGCAAACAGGAUCAGACAUGAGGACAUUCCAAUGUUACUUAAUGGCUCCCUUGAUGUGAUCAUUAAAUUGAUAAUAUGUAGUGGUAAAGAUGCAUUUUUUAAAAUCUGUAUCUUUUAUCCCUUCUGGUUGAGGUCUCAUCAAGGAUAUGUACUCUACUGAGAGCAUCAUCAAGCCAUACUUAAGGUUAUGGAUGGACCUCAAGCUGUCUACAUUUUCAUAGCCUAAUUUUCAACAUAUGUUUUACUAGUACGAAUGCACUUCAGUUUCAGAAAUUGUGUGAACGGUAAUCCCUUCAGAAAUGUGGGAUGCGCACUAGAGGCAUGUAGAAAAAGAGCUCAGACAGCCUAUAAUUUCUAGGAGGGUAAUUAACCACACAUUCAUUAACUUGUCAUUUGAAACAGGCUUGUGUAAGUACCUGUUUUUAGAGAGACAGUAUCUUGGCUAGAACAAGGACAGUUUAAUAUUUACCUUACUGAUGUGAUGAUGAUGGAGUAAAAUCAUUGUAUUAUUUUCUACUCUAUUCUUGCUAACACACCUUCUUUUUAAACAAAUCUGCUCUCAGCUUGAAAGAUACUGAUCAUAGGAGAUUUGAUGUGUAAUGUAAUACUAUAAGUAGUACUUUAUUUAAAAAAAACAUUGCAUACCCUUUUCAUUUAACCACACCCUUUGAGCUAUGACACCAACCAAUAAGAUCUUCUCUUAAGUAAAGCAGAGACCAAGGGAUUAAUGAGAACAGUGGUAAAAAAACAACAACAACAAAACAUGGUAAGGGUUGUGGAAAAGGAAGGGAAAGACACCUGUCAAGAUCCAGGAAAAGGUGGAGGCAGGGAGGUCCAGAGAGAAGGGAUGAAGAUGUAAUCACAAGGCUGAGACUCAUCAGGCUCAACAGCACUUUGAAAUUAGUCAGGAAACAUCCAACUGGGAAGUUAGAUCAUAGGCAGAGGGAGAUGGAGACAGUAGAACUCUUUCUAUCUGGCACUCUUUCUAGUGCCAGCGAUAUGGGAGGGAAAGGGACAGUUGGUUAUUAGUAUUAAAGAAUAAUGGUAUUGAGGAGUCAAGUUUAAUUGAACUGUUAAGAAAACCUUAAGGUGAUAUUGUAUUAAAUUAUAUAUUCCGUUUCCUUAGGGAGAAGGGUUUAAUUGGGUAGAAUUACAUUUCAGACCUUCGUCUCUGGUCAACACUCCAGUCCGUGGCGGAAAUGCAUCACUAAAGUUGGUUGGCAACCGCCAUUUAAAAACCACUGAAGAAAAAGCGUAAACGGAAGUGAACAGGAAAAAAUUACACGUUAGAGGUUUUUGUUGUUAUUUAGACGUUUUUUAACACCCUGGAACUCAAUAUGCCUCAUUGAACUUCACAGCAUCACCCACUUACCCCAUAUAGUGUUUAAUUCGCGUUUGAGACAGGACUUGGUUGAUAGACGUUAACUAGCUAGCUGCUAACAAUGGCUAACUGUAUUGCUGUUCACACUCAAAUAGCCUCCAUUAUGGAGGUGCUAGCGAAUGCAGCCGUGGCAGAAGUCUGUAAACUCGUAGACGACGACUACGCAGUGUUUCGUUUGGAAAUAACUCAAAGCCAGAAAGAAAACAGGGCAUUGCGGAGGAAACUACAGCUACUGGAACUAAAGGUGGCACGGGACCGCGUCCUUACCAGUCGUCCCAAGAUCCUCGACAGAUAUAGAGGAAUGGCAAGAGGUGAAGGACAUCUCACUGGAGGCCACAGGAGCUUUGUGAAGCCAGCGGGACACAAUACAUGGAGCGAUGACCAACCAAUCACUGUUGAUGAGGGGAGUGGAACCUCAACCCAACACGUUAUCGUGAUAGAGUCUGCAAAUGCAGGUCCUGGGGUCAAGCAGGAGAGGUCUGAAGGAGAGGAGGACCCAAGACACAGCAGAGACAUCCAGACUGGUGCGGCUGGAAAGCACCUUGUAGCCACCGAGGACCUUGCCACCACUUCCGCACCCCAGGCCUGGACCCAACGCAGCAUCACAGAGGUGGAGGAAGUGCUUCUGGUGAAGGAGGGUCUGAGGAACCCUGAGGGGACCAUGGUCAUGGAGGACAACCAGACUACACCUCCUCCUGAACCCACAGAGGAACCAGCUGAGCAGCACAGGACCACACACAGUCUCACUGAGUCAGUAGAUAUGGAGGAUGGGAAGCCUGAUCUGCUGAUAGUCAAAGUGGAGACAAUAGAAGAUGAACCAGAGAGCAUUGAUCUGCAGAGUGAACUAAAGAUGGGAGAGCAAGGUGGUUGGCUGGAGCCUAACAAGGGAGACUGGGUGGCUAUCUUGGAUUCCCAGCCGGGCGCAGCCAAGGACUCAGGGGACCUUAUCACUGAGCAGGGCGAGAUAGUGGAGUCUGCAUUCCAUGAAGACCAGCUGAUGUCCGGUGUUGCUGACGGGAGAGACUGGACCUCUGCAGCGGCUGGUCACAAACCCUGGCCAUGGAUCAGGACUCUGAAUCAGGAGCCGUCACUCUUCCUUCCCGAGUCACAACUAGGACCCAACCGUGAGGGACAGAGACUCCACCACCACACAGAACACAACCAGUGGACAGGUGGACUGAACAACCCCAGUCCUGGUGGUCAUCAGAGAGGCAGAGACUCCAGUCUGCAGCCCAGACCCUUAUCUUCACAGUCUCAGUGCAGGGAUGAAGCAGGGCCUGGGGCUGAUAGAGAUAGACCCUCCUGUUCCUAUGAUACAAACACCACAGUAUCCAUGAUGAAAAGAUCCGGUCACCCUGGGGUUCAGCCUUCACAGAGCGUGGUGGGAGAUGCUCCUGGUGGUAGUCUUUCAGGAAGUCUGUCUUCUUUGGGGUCUCGUCUAAUGCCUGCUGACUGGGUUCAUAGAAGGUCUGAGUCUGGACCUGGGGCUAGCCUUCCUCAGCUACCUCAUGGUUACCCCACCAAUACAGACAGGGUCAGGAUGGACGUUCACCACGAGAAGUACCUAGCCUAUAACACAGCACACAAUCCCAACAACACUCAAACAAUGGCUAGAGGUCAAGGAGGGAGCUCAAAGACUAACCACCUGAGGGUGGUCACUCCUGCUUCUACCUCCUCUGGUGUCAUUGGGUCACAACGUGUAAGGCCGACCAUUAGGACAGAUGCCGACAAGCCGUACGCCUGCCUCACGUGUGGGAAGCGCUUUGCUGAGGCGAACUAUGUGAAGAAGCACCAGACUGUUCACACCAAGGAGAGGCCCUUCAAGUGUGAUGGAAAUCUCACUGGAGGCCACAGGAGCUUUGUGAAGCCAGCGGGGCACCAUACAUGGAGAGAUGACCAACCAAUCACUGUUGAUGAUGAGAGUGGAACCUCAACCCAGCACGUUAUCGUGAUAGAGUCUGCAGAUGCAGAGGCUACAGGUCCUGGGGUCAAGCUGGAGAAGACUGAAGGAGAGGUGGAACCACGGCAAAGCAGAGACAUCCAGACUGGAGCGCCCCCUGUAGCCACGAAGGACCCCACCAUCGCCCCAGCGCCUCUCAAGACCCGACGCAGCAUCACAGAGGUCAGUGGAACGCCGAAAGCCGCCUUGAAGUCAGAGACAGACACAGAGACUUUAACUGUAACACACAGGCUCUUACACCCAGGAUCCGACCCAGAGAGACUGGUGCCACUGGGCUGUCCUCCUGCUCCCGGAUCAGAGUACUUACCGGUAUUUCAUCAGAGCCAGAGGACGGAUCAUUCCCAUGGUGAUGGUGACGCUUUAGACACUGGGGUUGAUCUGUCUGGUUCUUACACUACAGAGAUGGACCCUGACAACAUAUCCUUGAGGUUAGAGACACAGACUGAUCUGUCUAGAGGGGACUGGAACCAGUACAGUAGUAGUGUAUACUCUGAAGGGUGCCUAGAUAAGAAAGGGGAGGUUAUAGUGGUAGAUGAGGUGAAAGUGGAGGGCUACGCUCCUCCCACAUGGAAUGCAGAUAGUCACCUAGGAGACGGACACUUACAGGGCAGAGAUUUCUUAGAUUACAGGGGAAGUUCAGAGACAAAUCAACAUUUUGUCACCCACUCCCCUUUACACACGCUGAGGGAUCGCGACCCAGUAUCUCCGUCGAUGGGGCCUCCUGAUUCACAUGGCCACGUCCUUUUUGAUCAGGUAUUGAACUCAAUCGACAGGGCUAGAGCCCAGGCUCAGGGAGGGGGAGCAACAUCAGGCAAUAGUAAAGAGAAACGGUUCCUUUGCAUGUUCUGUAACAAAGGUUUCAGCUGCCCCCAGAAAGUGGAGAUCCACCAGAGGGUCCACACAGGGGAGAAACCCUUCAGCUGUACCCAGUGUUACAUGUGCUUCGCCCAGGCUGGUGACCUGAAGAGGCACCAGAUGGUCCACACAGGGGAGAAACCUUACAGCUGCCCCCAGUGUGAGAAGAGGUUCUCCCGCCAGCACCAGCUGAAGAGGCACCUGAAGGUCCACACGGGAGAGAGGCCGUUCGCCUGUGCGCACUGCAGGAAGAGGUUCUCAGAGAGGAGCUACCUCAGGAUACACCAGGAGAAAAACCAUUCUACUCUAUAACAUAGAAAGUCACCAUUCCACUCGAUACCAUCUGACGUUUAGAUCAAACCCUGCAUUAAAUACAGAUGAAUUGUAAUUGUUGUCAACAGAAAAGACCCACAGAUACAUUUGGAAUAACGAGAGUAACCGAUUUCAGUGUUCAAUUUUCCUGGGUAGAAUAUUGCAUCCAGUGUGAUAUACACUGAGUAUACAAAACAUUAAGAACCUCUGCUCUUUCCAUGACAUAGACUGACUAGGUGAAGGCUUUGAUCCCUUAUUGAUGUCACUUAUUAAAUCCACUUCAAUCAGUGUAGAUGAAGGGGAGGAGACGGGUUAAAGAAAGAUUUUUACACCUUGAGACAAUUGAGACAUGGAUUGUGUAUGUGGGCCAUUCAGAGGGUGAAUGGGCAAGAUUUAAGAGCCUUUGAACGGGUUAUGGUAGUAGGUGCCAGGCGCACCGGUUUAUGUUGAGAAUUGCACCACUGCUGGGUUUUUCACGAUCAACAGUUUCCUGUGUGUAUCAAUAAUGGUCAGACAUCCAACCAACUUGACACAACUAUGGGAAGCAUUGUAGUCAACAUGGGCCAGCAUCCCUGUGAAAUGCUUUUGACACCUUGUAGAGUCCAUGCCCUGACUAAUUGAGGCUGUUCUGAGGGCAGAAGGGGGGUUGCAACUCAAUAUUAGGAAGGUGUUCCUAAUGUUUGGAAUACUCAGUGUAUAAGGCAUAUUUAAGCCUAAAAAGUCUGUUACAUAUUAUGCUUAACUGUGUAGGCUAUAUAAUGUUCACAAAUUCCUAUUUCAUUACUUCUGAUAAACUGAAAAAGAUUUUAUAGUUAAUCAAGUUCAUCCAGAUGUUUAGUUGAGACAUUACAUUUGACAUUUUAGUAAUUUACCUGGGGUGCCAGGACCGAGAAGAGCUUUGACUGGGCUGAGCUUGAGCUGACCUACCUGUAGGUUGGACGGCCAAGAGACCAGAGGUGGCAGAACGGAGUGCUCGGGUUGGGGUGUAGGGUUUGAGCAUAGCCUGAAGGUAGGGAGGGGCGGUUCCCCUUGCUGCGCCGAAAGCAAGCAUCUUGGUCUUAUAGCGGAUGUGAGCUUUGAUUUAAAGCCAGUGGAGUGUGCGGAGGAGCGGGGUGAAAUGGGAGAACUUAGGAAGGUUCAAUACCAAACCAACUCUCUAAUAGAGAGUUGCAGUAGUCUAGACUGGAGAUGAAAAGAGCCUGGAUUAGGACCUGCGACGCUUCCUGUGUGAGGAAGGGUCAUACUCUACGGAUGUUGUAGACUAUGAACCUGCAGGAGCGAGUCACUGCUUUGAUGUUUGCAGAGAAUGACAGGGUGUUGUCCAGGGUCACGCCAAGGUUCUUUGCACUCUGGGAGGGGGACACCGUGGAGUUAUCAUCCAUGAUGGAGAGGUCUUGGAGCAGGCAAGCUUUUCCAGAGGGGAAGAGAGGUCUUGUCGAGGUUGUGGGCCAACAUCCAAGCUGAGAUGUCUGCCAGGAGGAGGAGGGUCCAGAGCUGAUGCGGGUGUGAGGAGGGUCUUGGGGAACAUGGUCAUGGAGGACAACAAGACUUCAAUCUAGUACAGGCUGAAUGAACAACAGAGACAGAAUGCAAUAUGACAUUUCAUUAAAUGGUUUGGGAAAUGGUCUCAUCUCCAAGGGGAGAUCCUCUGAGCCAGAUGAUGUUAUGGCAGAGCCCUAUGCGGGGCUGCUGGCAAUGUCCCACUUUGAGACUCUUUGUGGAUACGGCGCCUGGUCUUUAUUCAUUUUGUCUUAAGUGUGGGACCAUGCCUUUGAAUUUUCAAACCAUUAUAAAGUGUCAGGUAAUCAAAUCAACUAACACGUUUGCAUAGUACUCAUAGCAAUCCCUCAUUGUCCAAUCAGAAGAUGCUCCAUAGCAGGGUGCUCAUAUCAUAUUUCUUGAUCCAACAUCCUCUCACUCUGUAUCUCUUACAGUCAGUAGACAUGGAGGAUGGGAAGCCUGAUCUGCUGCUCAUCAAAGAGGAGACAAUAGAAGAUGGACCAGAGAGCAUUGACCUGCUGAGUGGACUAAAGAUAAGGUGGUUGGCUGGAGGCUAACAGAGAAGACUGGGCGGCCAUCUUGGAUUCCCAGACCCAAACCGGUGGAGCCAAGGUCCCACUGGACAUCAUCACUGAGCAGGCCAGGAUCAGAGGCGACAUAGUGGAGGUCAGUCGAUGGGACAGCUUCCUCAACUAUGGGCUGGGGAACAACAAUUUUAAAUAACCAGAAACACAGUUGUGAAAAAAUCAACACCUGGACUUAGUCUCUAUGACAACAGACUGGCUGAGACAUAGAUUUGGUCUGCUUCAUCCUGCUCCUAUAGUUGUGAUUCAGAGAGACUGAUGGUGCCUCAGGUUAACCCCCUAACAGGUGCUGCCUUCAGCCUGCCUUCUAUAGGAUCUAUCAACUGGAACAUGGACCCUGCAACAGACACUGCCUGGCCUUCCUCCUCCUCACACUCUCCUUAUGUUAAACCAGACCUCAGGCAAUGCCAGUGCCUCAACACUAAAUGGCUACACAAGCCCAUUGACAAAUUACAGUUGUAGUAACGCUAUCAGCAGAUCUGGUGGCAAAGAGAAGUGCUUCCCGUGUUCGGAGGAUGCGCACGUGGGAGAAAUCGUUUGGCUGCCAUCUUUGCCGGGCCAGUUUCUCCCAGUUGUCCAACCUGAAGAGGCACCAGAGGGUCCACACAGGAGAGAAAUCCUACAGCUGUCUGCAGUGUGAGAAGAAGUUCUCCUGCCAGCACCGACUGUACACACUGCGAGAAGAGGUUCUGAGAGGAGCUACCUCAGGAUACACCAGCAGAAAAUGCACAUGGCCCAUUAAUAGUGUAUAGUGAGUGAUAAGUAGUAAUAAUAUUUCUUUUAUUUAGUGCUUUUCAUGCAGAAUCUCAGUCACUUUUAAAAAACAGACAAAAACAAAUAGUCUGUCUUCUCCUUCAGGGUCUCGUCUGGUGCCUGGUGACUGGGUUCAUAGAAGGCCCGGGCCUGGGUCUAGCCUUCCUCAGUUACCUCAUGGUUAUCCCACAAAUACAGACAGGGUCAGGAUUGGUGUUCACAAGAGAUAUCUAGCCUGUAACAGCAUACAAUCCCCAAAACACCCAAAACAAUGGCUAGUGGUCAAGGAGGGAGCUCAAAGACAGGCUCAUGCUUCUACCACUUCUGGUGUUAUUGGGUCACAACGUGGGAGGCUGAGUGUUCAGACUAAAGCCAACAAGCUGUAUGCCUGCCCCACGUAUGGGAAGCGCUUUGCUGAGGCGAACUAUGUGAAGAGGCACCAGACUGUUCACACCAAGGAGAGGCCCUUCAAGUGCAAACUAUGUUACAAGAGCUUCUCCUUCCUGACUAACCUGACCAGACAUAGGAGUGUCCCCAACAGGGAGAAAUCGUAGCAGUGUGGCUUGAGAUGUACACAGGGGAUAUCUGGCAACCAUUCUUUAUCUGACAUAUUAUUAGUUAUCACGUGAAGUGUCUUGGGCAGGGCAUACAAUUAAUACCAGCCAAAUGCAGGUAGAUUUAGGUAUUGGCAGGUAAGAAUGUCUAUUUCACUAGCCAUGUGGGCGGGUGGUCAAUUUGCAGGGCUCUACAUUCAGCAUUACAUUCUCAUUUGCAAAUAAAAAUAAGUAAAAAAUCAAGUAUGAGCACAUGUGAGUUGCUUUAUAGCAGAAAAAUGCUGCAGUGGCUGUUUUCAAAGUACUUCUGUCGUUUUGUUUCAUAUCUGCUAAUCGCUAAAAGAAAUGAGAAUCUAUAUCCCACCUCGCGAUGCAACACUGCCUGGCUGGGGAGCUUUGGGCACUGUUCUGAGAUUCAUUUUUGGAGGUGCUUCACACAGGCAUAAAAGUUUGUCUAAUUUACUAUAAAGUCAACAAAGUGA